CCCUCGGUCACGGAGAAGCUGCCGCUAACUGGCCAACGUGUGUCCACGUGACGCCAGGAGGCCGCCCCAUUGGCCCUCGCAGCCGGGACUCCGCCGGCUUUGCUCCACGAUCCUCAAGGCUCCGAGCCGCUUCCCUCCCUUCUGGUUCCCGGAACUGUCAUCUCGAGGAUCCAGACCGAGCUAGGCCGGCACCAUGACGACCCUGGAUGACAAGCUGCUGGGGGAGAAGUUGCAGUACUACUACAGCAGCAGUGAGGAUGAGGACAGCGACCGCGAGGACAAGGACGGAGGCCGGGGCGCCCCCGCCAGCAGUGCCAUGCCCGCAGAGGCUGAGCUGGCAGGCGAAGGCGUCUCAGUGAAUACAGGUCCCAAAGGUGUGAUCCAAGACUGGCGUCGCUUCAAGCAGCUGGAGACGGAGCAGAGGGAGGAGCAGUGCCGGGAGAUGGAACGGCUCAUCCAGAAGCUGUCCAUGAGCUGCAGGUCCCACCUGGACGAAGAGGAGGAGCAGCGGAAGCAGAAGGACUUGGAGGAGAAGAUCAGUGGGAAGAUGACCCUGAAGGAGCUGGCCAUGAUGCACGAGGACCAGGAUGAUGAGGCUUUCCUGCGGCAGUACCGGAAGCAGAGGAUGGAAGAGAUGCGGCAGCAGCUUCACGGGGGGCCCCAGUUCAAGCAGGUUUUCGAGAUCCCCAGCGGAGAAGGGUUUUUAGACACGAUCGACAAGGAACAGAAAAGCACGCUAGUCAUGGUCCACAUUUACGAGGACGGCAUCCCGGGCACCGAGGCCAUGAACGGCUGCAUGAUCUGCCUGGCCGCCGAGUACCCGGCCGUCAAGUUCUGCCGCGUGAGGAGCUCGGUCAUCGGGGCCAGCAGCCGCUUCACCAGGAACGCCCUCCCGGCCCUGCUCAUCUACAAGGGAGGCGAGUUGGUCGGCAAUUUCGUGCGCGUCACCGACCAGCUGGGGGAAGACUUCUUUGCCGUGGACCUCGAAGCGUUUCUGCGGGAGUUUGGGUUACUCCCGGAGAAGGAGGUCCUGCUGCUGACGUCAGUGCGCAGCUCUGCCACCUGUCACAGCGAGGACAGCGACCUGGAGAUUGACUGAAGCCAGGGCGGGCGGCUGCGUGGGUCGCUCAUGGCGGGGCUGGAAGGCGCGUGUCUGCUUCUCUGUUCCUUGCUGUGUCUGCUGGCUCUUCAGCUGUUCCGUGUAGUCCCUUUCAUCGUGCGUCAAGCCUAGGAAUUCUUACAUUCAAUCAGAAUGCUGACUCGCCUUGUAGCUAGCAAUAAAACGACUUGAACUUGCACAAACAGGAAGCCGUGCGUUGGAGCUGUUUAGCUCAGACUCCGUGGCAUGGCAUCUCCGUGACUGUUCCCUGUCAAUAUUUACAGAGCCUCCCAGAAGGACAGUGUGUCCUGCACAGGCCUGCCAGGUCCCCCGGGGGUGGGUUGUUUGAAACAUCAGUAGUGCAUUUCCUUGAUCAAAUGCUUUGUAUAUUUACUUGUAAUCAGAUCCACAGCCCCAGAAGGCAGUUGAAUUUUUUUUUCUCCUUGACCUCUAUGAGGGCCUUGUCUAAGGUCCCAGGCAGUGGGUGCAUCAGCUGGUGGUGGGCCCCAGUGUUGGGAAGUGGGGAUCAGGGAUCUGCAGGAAGUGUGGGUGCCGACUGCCCUCGGGGCGCUGCCAGGCAAGCAUCAACCUCAACCCUCCAACCGGGGUGGCAGUGGAACGCUCCUCAAAGGAGCGUGUGGAACCAGAAAGCUCCUGCCCCUCUCGCUCUAUCCAGCAAGGCAACUUUAUGUCCCAUCAGGACUGUCCAAAACCUGUGUUUGUUUUGUGCUUAUUGCGAAAAUAGUCCAUGCUUAGUAGAGGACAUUGACCAAAAGGCAGAAGCAGAAAGGAGAGCAGGAGAGGGGGCUCAGCUCCUCGGGGCCGGGAAGUCCCGCCUGCGUGUUCUCUGUUUGCACAGCCUUCCUGUCUGUCAGCACAUCAGUGGGACCAUUCUGAACACGCUGCCCUGUGCUGCGGUCAGCUGAUGCACUGUCAGACCCUGUCAUGUUGUGGGAUAGCCCGCUGCAAGGCUUUGUGAAACUGCCAUUGCUACUCCGUUGUACAGAGGUGCUGUCAUGGUUGGCUGGCUCUUAAAAAGAAAGCAGACACUUGUUACAAAAGGUAACGGAUGUUAACCAUGGGGACGGGAUUACAGAUUAACCCAAAAAGACCUAAUGAGCCAUACACUUUCACCAACCAAAAUAACUCCCUGUUACACUUUCUGUAUGUAUUUUUCUAGUCUUUUUUUCUGUGUAUUUAUAAUAAUGAACAUCAUUUGAGUUUUUUCCCCUUUAUUUCUUAUUUGAAAAAAAAAUGUGUAAUGUAGGGUCAGGGAAAAUGUAAUCUGAAAUUAAAUUUUAGCUUUAACAUCCA